AUCGUUCCUCAGUACAUGCGUCAACUUUCUUCCGUACAGUUCGUUGCGCGCAUGCGCGAACUAUGUCAAACGUCUGUCUGUAAUUUUCACUAUUCCUCAUAACCUCAUCACUCACCUCCAUAAAUAUUUUUUCUAUUAAAUUCAUUUAAUUAAAUAACGUUAAAAAUGGCAACGGAAUAUACGCUUUUAGAAAAAUGCGGAAUAGCUUUCCUAGUGGCAAUAAUAUUGUUCGCAAUUCAUCAAUUAUGCCGAUUAAUUUAUGUGUGCUACCUGGGUCCACCCAUGAAACGUGUGGAUUUCUCAUCGAUGGGCCAAUGGGCCGUGGUUACCGGAUGUACUGAUGGCAUUGGAAAGCAGUACGCUCAUGAGCUGGCAAACCGCGGCUGCAAAAUUGUACUGAUCAGCCGCUCAAUGGACAAACUACAGGCUACUGCUGAAGAACUUGAAAAGACCUACGGCGUGACAACAAAGAUCAUACAAGCGGAUUUCACCGAGGGCGAGGAAGUUUAUGACAAAAUUGAAAAAGAACUUGCAGACCUCGAGAUUGGUACACUGAUUAACAAUGUGGGCACAUCCUACACUUACCCGGAAUUCUUCCUUGAAAUACCCGAUCUGAAUAAAACCGUGGAUACCAUAAUGAAGACUAACUGCCUGCCUGUGACUCGUAUGACCAGUAUCGUGAUGCCCGGAAUGACGAAGCGAGGAAAGGGUGUGAUUGUUAACAUCGGUUCCGCGUCUUCCAUGAUCCCAAGCCCCCUGCUCACUGUAUACGCUGCUUCUAAGGCUUACGUUGACAAGUUCUCCGAGGGUAUUAAUAUGGAGUAUAGCAAACAUGGUAUUAUUGUACAAUGCGUGUUACCCGGUUUCGUCUGCUCGAAUAUGUCAGGGAUUCGUCGUAGCUCUUUCCUAGCACCAACCGCUAAACAAUUUGUCAAUUCCGCAAUCAGACUGGUGGGAACGACAAGUCGCACAAAUGGAUAUUUACCACACGCAUUAUUCGUGAAGACAUUAAACACACUUUACGCGCUAACUGGACCCUUCGCGAUCUGGCUUGUCACUCGAUCUAUGGAAAACAGCCGGAGAAAAGCAUUGAAGAAGUAUAAACAAAAAUAAUUCUAUUAACUAAACGUAUAGUGUUAUAAGCAAAAUAUGAUCUCUAAUUGACCUUGUCUACGUUUGAAAAACAAAACACGAUUGUAUCAAUUAGUAUGACAAAGUAUUUUACGCACACAUUUUUAAGUUUCAGUAAUUUUUUAAGCUUCCCUACCUCUAAAGGAAAAUAACUGAAUCCUUAUAGGAUCACUUUGUUGUCCGUCUGUCUGUCAAGAUCCUUAUUUAAUGUUUAUAUCCUAGUAAAUGAAAAGUAAUUUUAAAGCAAAAAUACCACUUUUAUGUUUAAAUUACAUUAAAAUGGUUCUUCUAAACUAUCUUUUUUGUGUUAGUCAAAGUUGAUUAGAGAUCAGUUUUGUGGUACUAAUAAAUGUGUAUUAUAUAUUUCCUCUAUAUAUAAAAUAAUACAUAUACAUAACUUGUGUAGAUCUUUGAAAAGCCGGAAAUAUUUUGCAUUAAAAUACGUCGAUUUGAUAUCCUUUAAUUUCUGUUAUAAUUAAUUUAUUUUGUUCUAAAUAGUUUCCGCAUUUUAUUUCCGGAUUAGAUUUGAAUUCUUUAAACAUUUUCUCAUUUAAUUAAUAAACAUUAUAAUUUAUAUUAAAACGGCUAAAUACGUAAUUCGUCUGUUGCCGCCAACGGACAAAUAAACGUGAGUGUUUAGCCGUUUUUAUAUAAGUUUAUUAUAAUGUCUCACGAAAGUUUGAAUAAUUUAAUAACAUUCAAAUUAUUAUUCAAAGUCAUUUUUUAAAAUAAAAUACUAUUGUACUCGGAAAUCUCACGCGAAGCGUUCAAAGUUUACAAUUUAAACCUUCAAGUCGAUAUUACACGACUAAAUUAUGUAUGUCAUGGUUUAUACUACGAUAACUUAUUAUUUUUACAAAUAUUUAUAAUAAAAAAAAACUUAAAUACUACGAAAAUCUAGUAAAUUUUAUCAUCCAUCUGUCGAUUCAUCAGGUUACUAUACGUCCCCAUUGUGGGGUUCGGAGUCUACCCUCAUGGGUGACUACGCCUUAGCCAACUACGCUCUCCCAGUGCGGGUUGACUUCACAAAUAUCUUUGAAUUUCUGCCCAGAUAUGUGCAGGUUGCAUCACGAUGUUUUCCUUCACAGUAAGAACGUCGGAAUAUAUGUACAUAUGUCAAUCGAAAAUCGAAAAACACAUUGGUACAUGGUCGGAUUCGAACCCAGGACCUAUAGAUUAUAAGUCAAGUGCUUAACCCACUGAGCCACCGACGCUCUGUCUGUCAAUUAAUGAAACAAAAAUGUUUAAAGGAUUCAAAUAAUUAUAAAUAGUUUUUCUUUUUCCCGCAAAGCUUGAAUAGCUGUUAUAAAUGUGUAGACGCAUGCUUGGACUAUCUCUAUUGCAUGAAAUAAUUCACUUUCUAAUACCAAAGAUGUUAUUUUUUGUGUAAAAAGUGUAAUUAAUAUCUAGUACAUAUAAGUUACAAUUAAGCAGGCUGUGCUUAUUCCUCGCAUUUUUCCUAUUUUUAAGUUUUCUACUUGGAGGAUUAGGGGGGUGUUUGAACUAAGGUUUCAAGUUAUCUGGAAUUAGUUAUAAAACUGCCAAAGUGGUUGUUUAGUUUUAUUUUUAAUGGAGUGAUUUUUCAAUUUUAUAGCAGACUUUAUUAAAUAAUUUAAGUUUUUAAGUAGAAAGGAAGUAGUAAAGGCCGUAUUAUAAUUUAUUUAAAUGUUUUUUUUUAGUUUAAUUUAAUAUCUUGCCUAAUUUUGAGGUUUUUUCUUAUUUUGCCAUAUAAUUUGCGUAAGCAUAUAUAUGAAUAUUUUAAUAAGUAUAUAAUGACGUAAUUAGAAAUAUGUUUCGGAAAUUUUAAGCUCAUCUAUUUAAAAAAAAUCAGUUAAAUGUUUCAAACAAUCUAAAUGUAUAACAAAAAUGGCCAUAGAUAUUGUAGAUUAAAAAAAAUAUUUUCAAUGUCAAGAUUUCUAUUAAAAUAAAAGUCAGUUUCCACUAGCAAAAUAUAAGUAGAAAAACAUAUUGUUAUCACAUUUAAUUCAAAAAGAAUGAGUGAGAUGACAAUAUGUUUUUAAAUAACUUACUUUCAUGACGUAAUUUCGUUUAUUAAAAGUAACAUGGAUGUGGAUAAUGAAUAAUUAUGUAGAUAUUAAAUAUGCGCUGUCUUCAUAAAUAUUUGGUAUUGGAAUUUGUGAUUAAACACCUAGCACUUUGGUUGGUUUUAGAAUAAGCUGGACUGGUUAUUUGAUAAGGAUAUGUCGACAGUGCAUUAGUAUGGGAAUUGUAGAAUAACAAUGUAAAAAAUAAAAUGCUUUGGCAAAUUUGUGUUUUA